GAGGAAGUGAGAGGGGGCGGUGAGGUGCAGCCUGGAGGGGCACCAUGGCCCAGGCCCUUGGGGAGGACCUGAUACUGCCUUCGGAGCUGCAGGAUGACUCCAGCUCUUUGGGGUCUGACUCCGAGCUGAAUGGGCCCAGCCCGUAUCGCCAAGCUGACCGCUAUGGCUUCAUUGGGGGCAGCUCAGCAGAGCCAGGCCCAGGUCACCCUCCUGCAGACCUCAUCCGCCAGCGGGAGAUGAAGUGGGUGGAGAUGACCUUACACUGGGAGAAGACCAUGUCCAGGCGGUACAAGAAGGUGAAGAUACAGUGCCGAAAAGGUAUCCCCUCAGCCUUGCGGGCCCGGUGUUGGCCUCUGCUGUGCGGAGCCCACGUGUGUCAGAAGAACAGCCCCAGCACCUACCAGGAGCUGGCCUUGGCCCCGGGAGACCCCCAGUGGAUGGAGACCAUCGGGAGGGACCUGCACCGUCAGUUCCCUCUGCACGAGAUGUUCCUGUCCCCUCAGGGCCACGGGCAGCAGGGGCUCAUGCAGGUACUCAAGGCCUACACAUUGUUCCGGCCAGAACAAGGCUACUGCCAGGCCCAGGGCCCCGUGGCUGCUGUACUUCUUAUGCACCUGCCCCCAGAGGAGGCCUUCUGGUGCCUGGUGCAGAUUUGCGACUUCUACCUCCCUGGCUACUAUGGCCCCCACAUGGAGGCAGUGCAACUGGAUGCCCAGGUGUUCUCAGCACUGUUGCGGCGGCUGCUCCCGAGGAUACACAAACACCUACAACAGGUGGGCGUCGGGCCGCUGCUCUACCUGCCUGAGUGGUUCCUAUGUGUCUUCGCUCGCUCCCUGCCCUUCCCCACAGUGCUGCGCAUCUGGGACGCCUUCCUCAGUGAGGGUGCAAAGGUACUGUUCCGGGUGGGCCUGACGCUGGUGCGCCUGGCACUGGGCACUGCCGAGCAGCGCCUGGCCUGCCCAGGACUCCUGGAGACACUUGGUGCCCUUCGGACCAUCCCCCCCAACCAGCUCCAAGAGGAGGUCUUCAUGUCCCAGGUACACAGCGUGGCCCUGUCCGAGCGUGACCUGCAGCGGGAGAUCCGGGUCCAGCUGGGCCAGCUGCCCACAACAGCACCUGGACCUCCACCUCGGCCUCAGGCCCGCCUCGCAGGGGCCCCAGCCAUCUUUGAGGCCCAGCAGCUGGCAGGAAUGCGGGGGGGCACCAAGGCUGGCCUCCAGGUGCCCCGCAUUGUGGUGCAGCCCCCAGAGGAGUUCAGGACACCUGGGCGCAAGCCCCAAACCCGCGGCAAGACAUUCCAUGGGCUUCUGACCAGGGCCCGGGGCCCCCCCAUCGAGGGCCCCUCCAGGGCUCAUCGGGGCUCCGCCUCCUUCCUGGACACCCGCUUCUGA